UCACCACAGGACUCGUGGACAGGCAUCCUGAGCUCGAAGAGGCCGGACUCGGAGUCAUUGCCUUGAGCCUUGCAUCUGAGAACCUCCAGCUGCUUUGUCCAACCACUGUCAUGGAAGCUGUGUGUUUUUUCAGCACCUUUGUAAGCGAUGGCUGCCAUCAGGAAGAAACUGGUGAUUGUUGGUGAUGGAGCUUGUGGUAAGACAUGCUUGCUCAUAGUCUUCAGUAAGGACCAAUUCCCAGAGGUUUAUGUGCCCACAGUGUUUGAAAACUAUGUGGCAGAUAUCAAAGUGGAUGGAAAGCAGGUGGAGUUGGCUUUGUGGGACACAGCUGGACAGGAAGAUUAUGAUCGCCUGAGGCUUCUCUCCUAUCCAGACACUGAUGAUAUACUGAUGUGUUUCUCCAUUGACAGACCUGAUAGUUUAGAAAACAUCCCAGAAAAAUGGACUCCUGAAGUCAAGCAUUUCUGUCCCAACAUGCCCAUCAUCCUGGUUAGGAACAAGAAGGAUCUUUGGAAUGAUGAGCUCACAAGACGGGAGUUAGCCAAAAUGAAGCAGGAGCCGGUAAAACCUGAAGAAGGCAGAGAUAUGGCAAACAGGAUUGGUGCUUUUGGGUACUUGGAGUGUUCAGCAAAGACCAAAGAUGGAGUGAGAGAGGUUUUUGAAAUGGCCACGAGAGCUGCUCUGCAAGCCAGACGUGGGAAGAAAAAAUCUGGGUGCCUCAUUUUGUGAAGCCUUGUGCAAGCACAGCCCUCAUGCCGUUAAUUUUGAAGUG